AUGAACGAAGGCCAUAAUACCAUGGAUAUCAGAGAGCCCUUCACGGCCAAAGAAGGAUUGCACGAUGGCUUUCCCACAGCCGAAGCCAAUGGCGAUCGGGAUGAGCACGAUCUGGCUGUGUUUGGGAAGCGGCAACAGCUGAAGCGAAACUUUGGCUUCAUUUCCAUGGUCGGCCUGACAUGUACAUUGAUGGCGACGUGGGAGGGUCUUUUCUCCGUAUUCAUCUUUGGUUUCUCCAACGGUGGGCCUGCAGGGCUUGUCUAUGGCUUCAUCGUUUGCUGGAUUGGUACCAUCGGCCUAAACUGCUCCCUGGCGGAAAUGGCAUCUGCAGUUCCCCUCGCUGGUGGACAGUACUCGAUGGUCUCCGAGUAUGCGCCCCCUGGCGCCUCUAGAUAUUUGAGUUAUAUAACUGGCUGGCUUACUUGCCUAGGAUGGCAGUCGGCGACCGCAAGUUCCGCAUAUCUGGGAGGGACCAUGAUCCAAGGUCUUAUCGUGCUUAACAACCCAACCUACGUGCCUCAGAGAUGGCAGAGCACGCUGCUGUUCUACGCUAUAAUUCUCGUUAGUUUGUUCUUCAACACGUUCCUGGUGGCAUUUCUCCCGAAGAUCGAGGGCUUGAUCCUCGUCAUCCACGUCGGCGGUUUCUUCGGGGUCUUAAUACCACUGGUGUGUACGGCACCCCACGGCAGCGCGUCAGAAGUGUUCGGACAAUUUGAGAAUGGUGGAGGAUGGAGCACGCAAGGCUUGUCGUUCUUUGUCGGCAUCGUAACCGGUGUUUACUCGUUCCUCGGCGCCGAUGGUGCUUGCCAUAUGGCCGAGGAGAUCCCAAAUGCCUCGACCGUGGUCCCGCGAACAAUGAUCGCUACAACUAUUCUCAACGGCGUCCUCGGCUUCGCCGCCCUCAUGGCUAUUCUCUUCUGCGCGGGAAACGUCGACAAUGCAGAGAUGAGCCCGACUGGGUACCCAUUCAUCGAAAUUUUCUAUCAGGCGACAAACUCCAAUGGAGGUGCCACGGCUAUGGUGUGUGUCAUUCUGGCGUUAGUUUUCUUCGCAACGAUCAGUCUGAUCGCAACGGCUUCUCGCAUGACUUGGGCUUUUGCUCGAGAUAAUGGCCUUCCCGGAUCUAAUUGGCUUUCCAAAGUCGAACCUCGCUCGGCUCUGCCUCUCUACUCUAUUGGUAUCACAGUCAUCAUUAGUCUUCUUCUCGCCCUUAUCAACAUUGGAUCAUCCACGGCUUUCGACGCCAUCAUUUCCCUCAGCGUCAUGAGUGUGUUGGCUUCGUAUAUGAUGCCGAUUAUUUUGAUCCUUCGGCGACGUUUUCUCAAUCAAUCCAUCCGGUACGGACCAUGGAAACUGGGCCGGUGGGGAGCUUUGGCCAACAUCGUUGGUCUCGUGUACGCUACCAUUGCCUUCUUCUUCUCCUUUUGGCCCGAGACUGCGAAGGUCACUGCGGUUGAUAUGAACUGGGCGUGUCUGCCUCAUCCAUUACACACUACUUACCUCCACUUCUACUCGGCGGUUUCAAGCGAAGCGAUAGGUCGUCUCACCCAUAAUUUGUCGCCUGUCAAGAUACACCUCCUCGAGCAGGCCAAAGUCUCCUACCAAGCUGCUGCUUCAUCGCUCCCUCAAGCAGAUGUCGCCCACGAUUACCAUGGCCAAUCCGACGCCGAUACGCGCUCCACAUGUUCAACUCCGAGUGAUGAGGGAUCCGAUUCCUGGAGUGGUAACCCACCCAGACCCCGCGGCUCAAGUCAGCACGGGCACCCUACUCCUAACACCUCGUCACUUUCUUCGAUCGACUCGGACGGAUCGCCUCAAGCCGGCACGAAGUUCAGGCCUUCCCCUCUGCGUAUACGGAAGAUCCCCAGCUUCAGGGACGAGCUCACGGACAGCGGAGAUGAUGAGCAGUCCGUCUCGGCUUGCCUACACCCUCACAGUCCUCCGCAACAGCGCCGUGCAUCCACAGCCCAGUCGGAUUCCAGACCCACAUCCAUCACCUUCUCCGUCUCUGUCGACUCCUGGCUUCAGGCCCGCUCUUACGAGCGAUACAACAACCGCCUCGCUGCGUUCGCUGAAGUGAUAGCCAACCACAUCUCAACAAUCGACAUUCUGAUCCAGAAGACCCGAGGGGUACAGAGCGCAAGGUACUUUACAAAGAGACUGGCGAGCCACGGGGAGGACGAAGAAUCCAGGGCAGCAAAUUUGAGAUUCAGGGUCGCAAGACUCAAGGCGAGUGGAUGGAAGAUGGAGCGGUUUGCAGCGGAGAGGUAUCAGGAACUCUGCGCAAGGGCGUUGGCGGAAUUGUGA